ACUGACAUCUAACUUGUCCAAUCAGCGAUUGCCGCUGCACCAUUAUCCUCCAAUCAGUUUAGCAGUGCUUGGGUUCGGACUCCGUGGCCCACUGGCCUGGUGCCUGAAAGAUGCCCGGGUCUCUCGGCACCGCGUUCUCCACGGACACCCCUCUGGAAAGGCAUCCCCGACGCCAGGAUUGGCCGCCUGACUCGGGGCAAACGGAGUUCUCGGUAGGAGAUGGCGGGUGGCUUGAGGUUAUGCCUGAAACUGGUGCAGAUUCAGAUGAUGAAUCUCCCAAUGUUGAACUCAGCAAGAGCAACAAAGGUGAAUUAAUGGAUUUUCUAAGCCAAGAUGAGGGAAAUUUUAACAAGCAGUACUAUGAAAGGCUUAUGACCUUGAAGAACUCUGGUCGACAAAGACUGCUGGCACUGGACAUGCAAUAUGAGCAGCAGAAGAAUAAACUUAAAUCAGAAGGUGAGGGAAAACUGGACAAUGUGGGACUGACAGAAGAAGUGAUCAAAUUCUUUGCAAUGAAUGAAGGAAGAAUUCCUGUGGACAACAGAUCCUCCAAGCCGAAUUCAUCUAGAAAUAUAAUGAAGAGAAAUUCCUACUCUGGUAAUGAACACUGCAGUUUAACAGAUACAAAGGGAUCUGUUAAAAAGGAUCUUUUGCAGCCAAAAAAGCCCAGCAGACCUGAGAGUACCACAUCGGCUUGGAUCUCACAGAUCACAGUCCCUCAGCCAUUCAAUAUGACGAUGCGGGAGAGUCAGAAGAAUACAGAGGUUCUCAGAUCAAGGCUGAUGAUGGAAGUGGAGAAACAGCUGGUGGAGAAAUGGCAGCAGGAAGAGGCAGAAUGCCAGAAGAAAUUCCGAGCCCUCCCUGUGCCCGGUCACGUUUACUUGCAACUUUAUGAUGAAAUCAAUGAACGGAAUGAAGAGAAGAGAAAGAAAGAAACAGAGAAACGGCAAGAAUAUCUGCUGUCCACACAGAAACCAUUUAGCUUCACAAAGAAGGAAGAAAGGAGGAAAGAAAAGUUGAAACAACAACUCUGUGCCGUGGUUCCAGAAACAGGAAGGACAGUAAAACGGAUGAAGAAAAUUCCACGUUCUGUCCAGGACCCAUCAGUGAGUGAGAAACUCAAAGAUGAACUUUACAGAAAAAUCAGGAUUCAUAUGAGAGCUGAAGAUUUGCUCAAAAAGGCUGCAGCACCUAUAGACCAUAAACCGAAAAAUCAGGUCACUACUAGCUCGAUGAGAGCAAGGCAGGAGAAGCUGAGCUUUCUGGAGGAAAAACCAAAGUUCAAGCCAAGGAUAAAUCCAGGAAUUCCUGACUAUACCAAACUGUACAAUGCAUUUCAAAGAGGAGCAAGAAAAGAGACAAAGGGGUCAACAAAAUGUGUGCCCUUUGAACUGCAAACAUCAAAGUUGCCCCCACGACAAAGCAAAGCCAAGACUAUAGUACCAAAGGAAAAGGCAAAGAUUCACUUGAAGAAAAGUAAUUCUUUCAGUGAUAUUCGUUCACUAUCUUCUCAUACACUGCCCAUCUCUACGACAAACGCUGCAAGGAAAAGGCAGUCGGCUGUCAGAAAAUCUCUGGAAGAACGAGAUAAGCAGGAAAUAGAAAAAGCUGAAUGGAUGGAGAAGUACAAAAAGAAUGUCCAAGAUAUAAGCAAAAAAGUAUCAAUCCGAGCUAAAGCGAUGGACUCUCAUCAAAGCCUUGCAGAGACCUUCAAAGAAAUAUUGAAGAAGUAUAGGCAGGCGGACCUUAGGAGGAAACAGGAGUACAAGAAGGAAUUAGAGGAGAUGAAAAGGAGAGUCUGCAGCAGACCCUAUCUUUUUGAACAAGUCACUCAGAAAAAUGCCACUUUUGAGGCCGAGAAACGAUACCGUGAAGCACUACGGCAAGCUGGGGUGGAUGAAGAAUUUGUCUGGGACAAAGGAGGAAAUGCAGAGGAUAUUCCACUCUCAAUACCGGAUAUUGAAGAGAGCAGUCAUGACAGUGCAGACAGAGAAAAGAACAACUGUUACAGGUCAAGUGAAUCUUUGGAAAAUUUUAAAUCCUUGGAUGAAGAAAAGAACUUUAAGAUCAGGGAUGAGGAUGAAGAUGAGAAUGAAGAGCAGGAUGAAGAUGGUGAGCAAGAGACUAGUUCUAAUACUGAUCAGGAGAAUGAUCUUGAUUCUCAUGUAAAGGAGAAUUCAGCCAGCGAACAGGACGAGUAAUUCUGUCCCUCAAAUAGUGGUGUCCCGGCACUGUUAAGGAAAUAUUUUUAUCCAUGUUGUAAGGGAGUAUUCUGGAAUUGGGUGAAUAUAGCAGAUAUUAAUUUAAGCAAGAAUCAGUCUUCAGUUCUUAUUAUACAUUGCAAGCAAUAAAUUGGUGAAAAUAACAGACUCUUCCACAAACUAAGAUUGUGUAUGCAUCAACUGAACAUUAAGACAAUGGGGUUGUGCUAACUGCCCUGCAUCAACUAUGGGGUUAAGGCAUUUACGCCAUUAUAAAUAUAAAUAAGUUCAGGAACCUUGCAAUAAGUUUGUCCCAGCAAAGUUAUUUCAACAUUCAAAAGUGUCUCCCAUCGUAGAUAUAUCAUUCAAAGGAAGCAUUAUCAAUCCAAAAUAUUGAAGUAAACAUCUUUGUAAGUAUUGAAACUGAAAUGAAUCAUCUAUUGAUCUUAAGGGUAUAAAAAUGUGAUAUACUUUGAAUUUGUGGGACUCUACCAUGACUGUCUUCCUGCUUGUUGUGAUGAAUAAAGAUCACCAGCUUCAGUGUCUCUCCAGUGACUGUGAUCACAUUCACAACACAUGUAACUUGAUUUUGCAUUAAACCAGUACAUUUUUUUCAGCUUGUGAACUUUGGCAUAUAUGAGUUAACCAAAACAGUCAGCCAAUAUGCCAGAGAAAUGUGUCACUUUAAAAACUAAUCACAAACACCUCAGCUUAAUAAACAACUUGGGUUACAUAUAAUACAAUGUUUCUCAAGGUGUUAUAUCUCAAAACUGUGUGCUGUUUAUACAUUGUUUUUAAUUUAAUGCAUGCAGGAGGGCAGUGGGCAGGAUGACAAGGACGUCAUUUUACUCAAAGUACCGAUGCCCAAAGAAAAAACAAAUUUAGGCCAUUCAUGCUGGUUCUUUAAAAGAAUUAUCCAAUUAGUUCCACUUUAUACAUCUAUGCAAUUAUGUAAUCUUGAAAUAAUAAUUACACAUUUUCUAUUUACAGAUCUAAUAAUCACAAAGAAACUUCUUCAGACCAAAACUCAUGCAUAACAGUAAAAUAAACUGAAUAUAAUGUUAUACAAAACACAAUUUCCUUAUCCCAGCUUCUAGCAUCUAUAGGAUUAUCCCAGUGUACUCUUUUAAUAGCUGUAUACUUACUUCCAUUAAGUGUGCUGCAGAAGCAGAACACUCUUCUAUCUCUUGCAAGUUUUCAAGAUUUAGUUCCAACUGAAGUAAAUUACUUCUGCUCUGAUGAUGUUUUAGAAUCUUAUUACCAAGAAAUAUUUAACAGGAAAUAAUAUUUCUUGGAUUACUGUCACCUAAUAACAAUUAGUGCAUUUUUAAUUUCAUAACAGUAUAUUCAAGACUUUAUUGAAUAGUUUGUUCCUUUCUAAAACUAAAUUAUACGUAAAUCAUUAUUAUGGAAGCAGACGCUUUUUUAUUGCUGUUUAUCUUUCUAGUGAAAUUAAGAUAUACAAACACAAUUGAGGAAAUAAAGUUUGAGGAGUUGUAAAUACUGUUUAUAUUGUUUAAAUUAUUUAUUAUUUUUACCCAUGCACUAUAUGAUUACAGCCACUUAACUGUUUAUAAUUUCCAUCAGGCUCUGUUCUGAUAUCAAACACCAAUAUUUAUGCUUAUCUUUGACAUUUUACAAUGUCCAAUUCAUUCAGCAAAUGGGUUAAAUUAAAUAAUUUUCCUGCCAAUAAUCUGGCUGUUAAACAUGGCACCUGUUUUAUUUCCAAAUUUCUUUUUUUUUCAAAAUGAAAUUCACCCUUACUAGUAAGCAAAUUUAGUUAUCUCAGGGUAACACACAAAAUUCUAGAGGAGCUCAGAACAGGUGAAGGAAUUCAGCCCGAAACAUCAAUUCGUUAUUCCUCUCCAUCGAUGCUGUCUGAUCUGCUGAGUUCCUCCAGCAUUGUGUUUUACUCUGGAUUGCCAGCAUCUGCAGAAUCUCUUGUGUUUAUAGUUGACUAAGAGGUUUCCUCAUAGAAGAGAUCAGGUAAUCUACUAAUGUAAAGGAUAUAAAUCACAACUAUUGGUAUCAAAAAGCUUAUUUCCUUAUUACUACUGCAUAAUUCUUUCUCCUGAUCUGUUUUGUCUUUCAGAUAUGACAGUACAGUAAAUUUAUGGGAUUAGUCUCUGUAGUGGAGAGUCAAUCCAGAGAUAGAAAUGCAAAUCCCACUAUGGCAGUAGGGAAAUUUAAAUACAAAUAAUUAAUUACAACUAGAAUAACAUUUGUUUUAGAGACAGUAAACAUAAUAAACUGGAUUGUCAUAAAAUCCCAUCUGAUUCAUUGAUGUUUUAAGAGAAAGAAAGCUGUAGUUCUUACCCAGCCUGGUCUAUGGUGCAUCUUCAGUUCAAGAAAAGAAAGGCCUUCUCUGUGGCACCUAAAUGCCACAAAUGGAUAAAUAGAAAGGUACCACCUGACCUGCUACAUCUAGCAAUUUGUUCCUUUAACUUGAUCCAACAAGGUUUACAGGAACUUUAUUUGUCACACGUACAUUAAAACAUACAGUGAUACGCGUUGUGUCAACAACCAACACCAUCUGAGGAUUGUGUGUGCCAGGGUCAGCUAUGCUGCUGGCUGAAACACUGCAUGCCCAUAACUCACUAAACCUAACCAUAGGUCUUUGGAAUGUGGGAGGAAACCAAGCACCCAGAGGACACCUACAGGGUCACAGGAGGACAUACUAAGUUCUUACACACAGUAGAGAAAUGAAAUCCCAAGCAGUAAUUGCUGGCACCGUAACGUGUUGGCCAUCCAUUAAUAUUGUAUUCAAUAUUACACCCUGCCGCUCAUCAUUGGUAUCACCAUGCAGAUCUAUUUCCCUCAGCUCUAAGAAGAAAUUGAAAGUGAAAGACAAGGCUUCUACUUGAACUUUUUUUUGAAUAUCCUGUAGCAAGGGGUGGGGAAGCAUCUCCCUUUGGCAGCUG